AUGGAGAAUCGGUCAGUGCCGAGCUCGCCGUCGCAUUCGAUUCCGCCGGAAUCGACGGCCGACUCGCGGAGUCCGGCAUUCGCGUUUCCGAAUCAGUCAAAUGUCCAGCAAGGAUACCCGCUUCAAGCACAUGUUUUAAUCGAUCCGGUGACUGGUCAACACUACAUUGUACCCCAACCAUUUUAUCCACCUAUUCAACCUAUGUAUUAUCCGCCUCCAGCACCACCGGGUCAUUUAAUGUACCCAUAUCCUAUGCAGAAUGUCAAACCGACACCAAAUGGAUCAGUUUAUAUGCAAAUGCCGAUGUAUCCAUCGCCAAAUCGGCCGAAUUCGGCAGAAAAUGACACCAAAAGCGAGCCGAAUGACGAUUCAAUCUCGUCGAGCUCCAACGUCUCCGCCGGCAUGAGAUCGCGCCUUCACAAUGCGACAUCAUCGGAAUCGCAACGGACCAACUCGAUUCCCGAUUCGGAGACGCCGAAAAACACGCAAAAUAGCUAUUUUUUGAAUAAGUUGAGAAGUCAUGUUGCUAGCACAUCUUCUAGUUUAUUGGAAAAUGAGAAACGGGCAACGCAGUCGGAUUUCGAAGGGCGCGCCAAAGCGUUCGUCGCCAAUAGAGAAGCUUCAUCAUUGUCGGACGUCGAGACAUUGAGACGGAUAUCUUCUCUGCCGACGAAUAAUUCGAUCGAUGAUCAAACACCGCCGCCGGCGUCGCCGAAGAACGCUGAACCCGAGCCAACUCCUAAACCGGUGCCGUCCAAGUCGAUCAAGAUGGAAAUUAAUUUGGCCGACAUUCCGACGCUUCCAGAAGCCAGCAAACCUAGCCGUCGAUCCAAUGCCACCGCGUUUACUGUCAAUCUUGGCGAGAAGGAGCGUGAGCUUUCGCUGCAAGAAGCCGCACGAAAUUUGGCCGAGGCGAGACGAAUGAAAAAGGCGAGCAAUGAGCCACCGAUGCCGCCAAACACCGAGUCGAACAAGAGCUAUUUGCUGGAGAAGCUUCUAACAGGCAAAAGCUCGAAUGCCGAAGAGUUGAGCGAGGUGCCGAGUAUGCUGCCGACGUCCGAGUCCCGCGAUUUUGAUGCGAGAUCCGAAGCGCUCACAUUUGUCAUUGACACGUCGCGACGGCCGAACGGACAACAGUUCAUGUCGAAGGUUAUGCAGUACUCGGACUCGUCAAGUGACAGCGAGUCCGACUACCAGUCGGUGGUGCAGCCGGAGGUGGUCGUGUCGAGACCCAGCGCUCUUCCAUCAUCCCCUCGUCCGACGGCUCCGCAAAGCUCGAGGUUGCCCGAACGAACGGCGAGAACACCGCAAGCGGGACCGUCAUCGGCGCGAACGCCGACGAACGCGAAUCGCCCUUCUGAUGGGUCGGACUUUCUGCAAGAGCUCGCGAAACUCCGGCUAAUGGCCGGACUACCGGCCAGCGGAAUUUCGGGCAACGAUGAGAAACGAUCAUCGGCGCCGAUGAAGAGGAAUGAGAUUGGUAGGACGUCGGGAUCGCAAUCGGCAUCGGAACGUUCGAGCGGCGGCGCGAGAAACGCGAAUCCGAGUCGCGCCUCGUUCACGAGUCGAACACGCGAGACGAAAGAGCCCGAGAAGCCGGCGUGUUGUAGUCGUCGUGCCGAGACCCGCCGUCAAGUGCCGUCAUCGCCGCUGAUGGCAAACAAGCCGCCGUUCCGCACGGGAACCUCGCGAGGAAUUUCGGUAGGGCGUUAAUUAGCUAAUUAAUUAUUCUUUUUGGUGUUGCAGUUUGGCCAGAGUGAGCAACAGCGUGAGCAGGAGAUGACCGCAUGGUUGCGUCGCAAAGAUUAUAACCCGAUGAAGUCGGCGGCGGCGGCGCGAAGGACCAGCAAUCAGAAAACGCGAGAGCAGCAAUUCACUUCGCGACGAAGCAUGACGUUCCACACGAUGAACAAUGAGGCUCAAGGAAAGAAUUCGCCGGGUGUUGUGCCGCGCAGCCCGCGAAAUCGAUCGCAAGAGCCGAGAGAUUUGCGGAAUGAGAAGUAUCGGCUGUCGGGGCGUCGAAACGAUGAGCCGAAAAUUUCGGGACUCGCGAAAGCCGUCGAUAUGCUAUCGAAGAAGUGCAAAAAUAGCAUUGAACUUAUUAGGAAGCAGAACAAGGGAUGCUUGUCGGUUUCCGUUGAGGAUCUUCUAUCAGCUGCCGCCGAGCCGCCAAGACCGAAUGAGAGCUUAGACGAGCAGCUGGAGAGGCUUUCGGACGCCUUCGAUGCGGUACAACGGUAUUUGGAGCAAUAUUCACUUGAUGGUUAUAAUUCUCCAACUCCCGACAAUUAUUUUGAGGAUGAUGACGAGUUGGACACCCAAUCGUCGUUUGCUAAUAAUAGCACUCGUGAGCCGAUCGCCGAUGAACGCGCUUCAAUAUCGUCUUCAUAUCGCAAAAAAGUGCUUGAUUCGUCGUGA